AUGUUCAGCGCAGGUCUAAAGAAGGAGGCCAUUGUCUUUGCAGCCGACGAUUCCGUGAGGACCCAACACUCCCCUCCGGGCCGAGCAGUCUACCCCGACGCGGGCACUGAAGUAGGCCUGUCCAGUUCUUGCCGACCAACUCUCACACGCGGCUCUUCGAAAGUGUAUUUUGUCUGGCAAUCGCACUCCGGCAAUCUCAUCGACCGGUGGUCUCAUCCAUGUGGUGCUACCCGUGUGUGUUUCCUCACACACGAUAAAUCCGCUUCUCUCCCCCUUCUCCUUUCAUCUUCCUGUCACUUUUCUGCUCUUCCCUUUCCUCCGGCCCUCUUCUCCGCCCUUCCUCUCCCUCCUUCUCCCCUCUCCUUCCCACCCGUCCUUCUCCCUCUCUACCCUUUUCCCCCACGAUCGAAAUCUCCUACGGUGAGGGCGACGUUCAGUCACGUAGGCGGGCCGGACCUAUCGGGUUGUUCCCUCACUAGACCAAUGCGUGACGCAUAGCGGAUUUCGGCAACCUCUCAUACGACCCAGAAGUUCUAAUUCGGGGCAGUACUGCUUACCCCCGCGAGGGGCGGUGGCUAUAAAAGGCGCCCUAAACAAAUGCUGGGUUCACAACAUCUGCGCGCAGACCGUGGCUCGUAGACUGCAAUACCUGCGGCCGAAAACACCAAAAAGGAACAAGAAUCUCCGCCUUUCCUCUCCUCCUCACCUCUGCCCCACUCCACAGGCUGCUAGGGUGAGUCCGUUUAUCCCGGCAGCCUGGAAUGUUCGUUCCCUUUUAGACAUUUGAAGAAGCAACAGACAAAGUCAGGGAAGACUUGAAUGGCCAUUUAUGACUUAUUAGUCGUCGUCAGCCGGUCAUGUCUGACCCCGAGGUGUGGAACACCUCUGUUAUGAAGCACACAGUGGACAUCGUCGGACGCGACGGUCGGAUUGUCAGGCAGAAUGAAUAUAGCAGCAGUGAGCUAGUCCACCUAACUUAAUGGAGUCAACUCGUGAACCGAACCGACCCAAACGCGUACACUGAAAGGUUUGUUCUAGCGCAACCUGAAAUUAUUUGCGAAAUUUGCCUAAAAGCCCACAGAGAGCACAAGACGUCGAAUAAAAAUAUGAGUGAAAACUUCGACCUGAAAUCUGUUGUAUUUUCUAUCUAUGAGGAUGUCCAUCAGUAGCAGGUUUGGCAAAAAUAUUGUUAGCAGCCCUCCAACCCUGUAACCUUUACAGGGCUAAUGUGCCAUCACGGUAAAGGUGACAUGACGUUACCCCGCAUGUUUCGUCGCAUUGUUUCCUUCAACAUAUUUUCGUAUUUUCUCAAAAGGUUUUUGUCGGGCAACUUGCAUUAUACUUUGUCAUAUUCACUACGGAAUCUUCUGUGCGAUUUUACUCAGAACACUGUACAAACCAAAAAUUCCGCAAGUCAGCAAGGUGUGUUGGGCUUGGAUUGAAAGUUUUGGUGCGUCCGUUGGAAAAGACGUCCGCCAAAAACGCCGAGGACUGAAAUUGUGCGUGCAUCUGACUGUGGCGAGGGAAAGGUGUGCAACACGGGCCUCUCUCUCUCCCCCUACACUCGUCACGAUCAGCUGGCAGAAUAUGGGGCUGGCGAUGGACACAACGCACCGAGUGACCUGAAGUAGAGCAUCACAAGCGUCGGUCAGUUCACUGGCGUAAAUAAGAAUUAACGCCCUUUAAUGUCACGCCGGUGACUGUUGAAAUAGGAAUACGGUGAGAAGGUGGCGUUGCGACCCAACUAUCUCUUUAUCUAAGUCCAACUCGUAAAUGUCUGAGUCACAAAUCCUGAUACAAUCCAAUAACACAACGAGGUAGGUUAAAUGCAGUGCGGAGAGCACACGCAGGAUUGAUUCCAUUUUCCUGUACCAGUGGACAGUUGGGGCCGGCUGGCAGUAAAUUAGAUACAACUCGCUGAUCAGCAUGGCUUGAAACCCCACAUAUAUCGGAUACCACACAAGUACUUGGCGCGUUUAAUUCAGAUGAAAAGUUCCGUGAGUUCGGAUGUCCCGCAUCUGGUGCAUGCAUCGUCAGUUCGACCGUCGUCUCCGACGAUGUCCAGCGUAAGCUACACAGCAAGGUGCAGCAGGCACGUUGACUUGCGCGUGAAUUAGUUUACAGUGGUAGUAGACUUUCAAUGCAUCUAACGCACAUUCUCUUCCCUACUUCCCACCUGAACCCGGUGUCAAGACAGAGUCAAGAAGACCGGAGGCGGGGGAGGACGCAGGUGCAUGGUUUGGACGGAUCCUCAGUUUGGCGUUUCACUCCCCACCCCCUGGUCCACACAGCAAAUGACCGUGUUUCUGACCAACAGCAGCAACACCCCAACAGGGGGCAGAAGGACGAUGAUGACUGGGCAGCCAUGCCCACCACCUGUAAACCCAGCGGGAGCGCAAGCACAUCUACCAGUAGGGAACCAGGUGUCGGGGAACAGUUAGCGAAUACAAGGCUGCGAUGCCAGUGGCUUGCUGAUAAUGGCCUAGCACACACGUUUGUUGAUGUACCAGGAUUGUGUGUAGUGUUGAUGGGCAUGACAGACGCCAUAGCGACAGACGUUGAGACGGUGGUGGUGGUGGUGGUGGUGGUGGAGGAGGAGGAGGAGGAGGAGGAGGAGGAGGACAGUCAACGUUAG